AUGUCUGAUUCCAAGCAAGGCGGAGAUCUCUUCGAUAUGGCCAAGGAUGGAACAUCCAUCCCUGGUGACGCCGGAAAGCAAAACACUAUCAGUUCCGUCCCCAACCCUCAUCAACGCGACGGUGAGGCCGCAGGCGGUCUUGGCUCAACCGAUCUGGCUGGCGCAGCAGACAAUGCUGUCCUUUCAGCUUCCGAAGGUCGAGAGUCUGGUGUUGGUGAAGUAAUCAGUGCGACGGGUCAUGAUAUUCCUCAGUCUGUAACUGGAAAACCUGGUGGACGAGGAGGAACACAAGGAAAGGAGGACGUCAGAAGGGAUACCGGCGCUUUUGCGAAUAGGGAGAACUAG